UCACUUAUACAUUUAAACAAUUUAGUCGUUUUUGUGAGGAUAUUAGAGUGACUUAUCAUGCACAUGAGAUAAGUUCAACAAGCAAAUUAUUCGGCCAGUUUAUUUAGUUAGUGUACGAAAGUGCUUGUAUAGUGAAAAUGCUACUACACAAGCCAUCUAUGUACAACCACCAAAAACAUCUAGCGUAUACGCUUACCAUUGCUACAUCCAUAAUAAUAGCAUUUUCGCAUUGCGAUGCCAGCGAUCUCUCUGUUACUAUACCCAACAUUGGUACAUUACUAUACUCGUCGACAACGAGCGCGUGGAGUUCGAAUAUUAUUUUCCAAUUUCAAGGUGUACGAUUCGCUGAGUCUCCAACUGGCAGUAGACGGUUUAAGGCUCCAGUACCAGCACUAGGACGAAGUGAAACUCAAGAUGUUCAAGAGAAACAUGGACAAUGCCCUACGAUAGCAAGUGUUGCGAAUAUGACGUUAGAUGAAAUGACCUUAGCCGAAGAUUGUCUACAUUUGUCCAUUUAUACAAGAAAUUUAUCGGGUAAUCAGCCAGUCAUGGUUUACUUGCAUGGUGGCUCGCUGUACGAAGGAGCCGCAUUUCACCAUCCACCAAACUAUCUCUUAGAAAAAGAUGUUGUCCUAGUCGUUCCUCAAUAUCGUCUUGGCCCUCUAGGGUUUUUGUCGACUGACUCAGAUGACAUACCCGGAAACGUUGGAUUAAUGGAUGUUAUACUAGCACUCGAAUGGGUGCAAAAGCACAUAGUACACUUCGGAGGAUCAAAAGAUUCAGUCACUUUGUUCGGGCAAUCUGCAGGAGCAGGAUUGAUUGUAUCGCUAUUGUUCAGUCCAGCCACUCCACCAGAUCUUUUCCAUAGAGUAAUUUUGCAAUCGGCGCCUGCUCUUAAUACCUACGGUGUCGAUAGUAAUGCCAAAGAUAAUACAAAAGAUAUAGCACGGCUCGCAGGCUGUCGUAGUACGGAAACAGUUCAAGAUCUCAAUGACUGUUUCAUGACCAUGGAUGUAAAGACUAUGCUGACAGCAUUCAUUGAUCAUGUCGUGGAUAAAGGAUCCGAUAACAUGGCAUUGUAUGGAGGUGCCAAAUUAACGUAUGGUCCAACUAACCAAAUGUUCCCUGUGCUUCCAAGCGAAUCAAGUCAAAAUGCCGCUUAUCGAAACAUUUCUAUUGUGGCUGGGCUAACUAAACAUGACGGUUCUUUCCUGCUUAACACUCUCUAUGAUUUACUAACAUCAGAAGAAUUAUCAAGUCAUGAAUAUCUGUCCAACAAUUUAAUCGAACGAGUGAAUCGGUUUAUGGGAUUUCCAGACGACACUGGUGUACUCACUUCAUAUCAACGAGAUCUAUUUUUCUCGCGUGAGAUUUUCGAAAGUGGUGACUUUCAUAAAUUCAUUGACGGCAUAAUUGAUAUAAUGUCCGUGGGAAUGUUUAAAGGCUCAACACUGAAACUACUGCAACAGAGAAGAAAAUCAGCAAAAUUAUUUCUUUACUCGUUCGACUAUGACGGUGAAUUCACACGAUUCGGAUAUGGUGCUGACACAUCGAAAUAUCCAUUUAACGGCGGCAUUCACCACUCCAACGAUAAUCUGUACGUUUUUCCUUAUCCGAGUUUUGCGUCACAUUUAAAUGAGAGAGACACAACAAUGGCAAAGACAAUGGUGGAUUUUUGGACAUCAUUUGCUACAACCGGAGUACCAACAUCUUCGUAUUGUCCGAACUGGCCAUCUUUUACGACCAUGUACGGGCCUUAUCUUCACAUUAACGAGAAAUGUUCCAUAGGAUUGGACUUCAUUGACGAAUUUAAUGUUGGAAAGCGUCAGUCAGCGACAAGCAAGAGUGCCGUCUCCCACGCUGACUCAUACUUCCUGGUCAAUUUAGUAAUUUUAUUAAAAUUAAGUCAGUGUCUGUUAGUGAGAUUCAAUUUUUAAGGAAAAUUAAAUUUAAAAAAAAAAUCAAA